AUGGAGACGACCCUCCUCCGCGCCGGCUUCAGACGCGCCAUCGCAUCCAGCUACAACCCCGCCCGCCGACGCGUCCUCCUCCUCCACGCCUCCCGCCGCACCUACGCCUCCCCCUCGGAGCCGUCAGGACCCAUCCAAGCCGCCCGCCCUAUCAACUUCACCUCCGACACCAACCAAUUCGCCCGCUCCACCACCAACAGUAACAAAAACACCUCCCAAGACCAAGACUACGACCGCCUGCUCCACCGCGUCCGCAUCGUCCCCGCCUCCCCCUCCUACUUCACAGCCACCCCCCGCUACACCGACGACCUCCUCUACCUCUCCUCCCUCUACCGCAAAUACCAGCUCCUGCCCCGCCUUGCCCCGGGGACGGAACCUCGGGUAGCAUGGAAGACGCUCGCGGAGUACCGGACGGAGACGGGCGAGCCGGUGCGGCAGAAGGGGUACACGAUUAUGCUUAGUUUGCUGAAACGGCUGAAUAAAAUCCACACCGCGCUGCUGCCGGUGGAAGUGCAGAGGGCGUUGCAGCGGUAUAAACGCCGGAUCCAACCGUUCUUUGACCGGGCGAAGCCGAUUGAGAUUGAUGAGCUGGGACGCGCGAGGGCGGUGGGGAGGCGGAAGGCUUGCCAUGCUGUGGUGUUUCUGGUGGAAGGGGAGGGGGAGUGUCUGAUCAAUGGACGGAGUUUGACGGAGUACUUUGGCCGGUUGCAUGAUCGGGAGUCGGCGGUGUGGCCACUGAAAGCUACGCAGAGGCUGGAUAAGUAUAAUGUCUGGGCUGUUGCGAAGGGAGGGGGGACGACGGGGCAGGCGGAGGCGAUUACGUUGGGGUUGGCGAAGGCGCUGUUGGCGCAUGAGCCGGAUUUGAAGGAAGCGUUGAGGAGAGCUGGAUGUGUGACGAGAGAUCCGAGGAGAGUGGAGAGGAAGAAGGCCGGCAAGCUCAAGGCGAGGAAGAUGCCUGCUUGGGUCAAGCGGUAG